AUGCCUCAUGUUCAAAUUGAUAAAUGGAACAUAUGGUACGAUGAAUAUGGAUCAGGUAGCCUACCAGUGCUACUAAUACCAGGUGCCAUAGGAACAGCUAAAAGUGAUUAUUAUGAACAACUUGAUGGCGAUGAUAUACUCGAUGAGGAUAAGUUUACUAUCAUUGCUGUGGACCCACCAGGUUGUGGUAGAUCACGACCACCGGUCCGAAAAUAUGGCAGUAAUCUCUAUGAUAUCGAUGCCCAAUGUCUUUAUCAAUUGAUGACUCAUUUGGGUUACGAAAGUUUUGCAGUAAUCGGUUGGUCAGAUGGAGCGACAGCCGCUCUAUGGAUGGCCUGUAAAUAUCCGAAAGCCAUCACCAAAAUGGUAAUCAGUAGUGUCGUUGCCUAUCCCGACACCAAAGUGUUAAGUGCAUUGAAAGCUAUGGGCUCUGUUGACAAAUGGCCCAAACAGCGACUGGACAACUAUUUACGCUCGUAUACCAGUAAAGAGGAAUUACAAAAAUUGUGGGACAAGUAUCUCAUGUUUUAUGAACACAUCAAAACAUACUUUGCAAGUGAUACUAAUGAAUCUGUUUAUAAAUUCAUCAAUUUUCCAGUGCUUAUACUUCGUGGAGAUAAGGAUAACAUUACUUCAAUGUCUCAUUCGGAGUAUGUGCUAAACCGUAUCAAAUCGGCAGUUAUGUAUCGGUUGCCAAACGGUGGACACGAUUUACAUCAACGAUAUUCACCGAUGUUUAAGACAACAGUAGAAGAUUUUUUGGUAAACAAUGUAUUGCCAAAAGGUUGUCAACAAGAUAUGGUUCCCAUAACCUGUGAUUUUGAUUGUAUAACCAGUGGUAAUGCUGGAUAA